CUUCCCCCCUACCCUGCCCCCCCGUGCUCUCCAUAUAUUCUCUCCCAAUUCCCAACGGUCAUUCAAGAGUCCUCGCCGGCUGAUAACCCGUAGAUCCAACGCCCAUGUGGAACCGGCAGCAGAGUUUUUACCCAAGAGAGGAGCUCCCACGGCACCAGCAGCUCCAGAGGGCUCCACGAGGGUCCGCAAACGUGGACGGAAGGGGAAAGUGAGCAAAACCUGGAAAAGGUCUAGAGCGUGUCUGCCCCUCCAACACCCCCGGGAGCGAUCGUCCCGUCAUUCGGCGGUGGAGGAAGAGGGAGCAGGGAGUUUGACAAGUUGAGAUCCGCCGGGUGCAUCCCCGUUUCAAAAAUGCCAACCGACCCAAAUCUCCCAAGGCUGCUUCGCACAAGCAAGGCCCAUUUUACCCAAGAGUCAGGGAGAACAAGGGGAGGGGGUGUACACGCAAUGCAGGACGAGGGCCCUCAUCCCGUCAACGAGGUCCAGGCGCCGGGGCUUCCUCCCGGCGCUGGGGUCCCUACCACCUUGCCAUGCCUUGGUUGGGCCCAAGAACCCAAAUGGCGGGGGGGAGAAGGGAACAAUUAACCGUCCAGGCCCUUCUCUGCAGCAGCGUCGUCGGCCUCUGACCGCUUUGGGUCUUCACAGACAACCGUCAAGGUUCCCCUUCCCCGUCUCGCCGCUUUAGGGACCCAGCAGUACCGCGCUGCCACCUCCCUUUGCGGGACCGCGCCGUGCACAAUUCCGCCCUGUGUCCCUAAUGCGGCAACAUACACCACGAACCGUCUGGUGAUCCAACGGCGGGAACCCCGGUUUUAAACGGAUCUCAUCCGUUUAACCUCCCAAGGAUCUCGUCCAGUCGUAAACUCUGCAUUCCGGCAGACACUCACUCACCCUCAACACCCCCGCGAUAAGCUGAGGAGAUUAUGUGCAUGCGGGGAGAUACGAUGUAGAGAGAAGAGGUGACUGACUUAUCGCCCUGGCUUUCGUCAUCCCCCAUCCCCGCGUCCCGUUCUCUCCCGCGGUCGUGCAGGGCAGCCCUAUCACAUAUCUUGGAAGCAAAGGUAAUGCGGUGUAAGCUGUGUCAUUGAGGUUCCGAAUUGGAAAGGGGGGAGAAACGCAUCUGCCAUGUCCGGUUUCGCUUCGCGCGAGGAGGGGGGUGUCGGUGUUGGAAGUGAUUGUUGUUGCUAUUACUGAGGAGAAGAGAAAGUCCGAGACUUCGCCCUUCGGCAUCUUUGCAUGGCGCUCUUCAGACAGACCGAGAUGAAGAGACGUGGAUGGCGGAAUGGGGGGGGGAUAAAAUGUUGGAUAAUUGAUCAACAAAAUCUUAAUCAAGGUAAUCUUGCCUGUCUUGGUCAGGAUGCGCUGGAUCUCCGGGCCGACUCUCUAGACAUGUCCGAGACCGUAAGUGCAUGACGGCAGGAAGCUUGGUUAAUCCCCCAGCUUGUGGCUGAUGCCGUUGAAUCUCUCGCUCCUCUCUUUAAUCCCCCCGGGGAUCUUCCCAAGUCCCUCCUCUAAUGAUCCCCAACGCCACAAUCUCGAUUCCAUCUCGAGGGCGAAUCUCGAGAUCCAGUCGCGUGACGCUUGCGAGAUGGCGGGUGACGCGACGACCAGCAAAGCCCUGAGGUGGGCGCGAGUGACCAGAGGAAGCGCCGUUCGGCUCCGUCGCAUCACGAGUACGAAUAAACCCCAUUCCGAGGCAGCAUGUUCAUCCUCAAAGACAGGGUGUCCAAUCCUCGAGGCAGUUCGUUUCUCCUCCCACCACCGCGCGCGUCCGGAUCCGAGUCCGAAAUAUCCCGUCUUCUCCGGGCUUGGGAGCCUCGCGUCUCCGCAUUACCAUUAACCGUCGUCAGCAAGAGACUGCGCGUAGCCAAUGACCGACCAUCCGAACAAGACUCCCCAUAUCACUCCCCAGACUCGUCCCGUACCCUCGGCAGGCAUCACGAUAGAGCACCUCCCCCUCUCUCCCGGAGCUCAAAGAAAGUGCCGAAAGGAUGGGAGAGCGAACAAACAAGUAUUCGAACACGAAAACAAAGCCAUGGCGUAUGUAAGUCCCAAGACCAAAGACGAGGACCCUCCCGAGAGCAUGUGGAUGGCCCAGAACCCCCCCGGAUCUCCGAUCCACCCCGAUCCAUGGGAUAUAGGCCCCUCGUCAACAAGACAACAAAGAGGAGGCUUCUUGGCCCAGUGGCGCACCCGACGGCAUCCCACCAGCCAACGCAAACGGUCUUGAGGUUCGGACUGGCAGCUUCGACCGAGGCUCGCCUUGUGCAUUCAUCCCCCUUUUUGCAGCACGAGCAAAUACGGCAAUAACCCUUUAUCGUUCCCCCAUCCAUCCCGAUCCAGAAGGGCCCGAUAGACAGGGCCUCACGCAAGAUCGCAAACCCGAGAGGCCCAAGGGCCGAAACCUAAGAAUAGAGACGACUUUUGGGUCCUCGUGUGGCUGAACGGACGGUGCGGUGGUUGGGGGGAGGGGAGACUCGUAAUGCACACGUCUAGAGCGCAGAAAGUGAGGCUGUGUCCUUCAGACGGGAGCGCCGGCAUAACUGGUCAAAUAGGGACGCGUCGCUGAUACGGGAUUUUGGUGGAGGGCUUCUGGGUUCUCUGGCCGUAGAAGUGCCGGUGGAUGGGUUCCAGGCCAGCUGAAUGGCGGGGGUCAGUCAGUUAGCCAGUCCUCCGACCGUUCCCGACCGUUUCUCAAGCCCUCUCGCAAAACGCUUCCCCCUAAACUCUCGGUGCCCAGUUGUGUGUGUCUAGCCCCAAGCCAACAACACACACACACACAACACACAACACACACAACAUAGAUGACGACAUCGGAACAACAGCGCGCGGCUCUACAGGGUAAACCCUCCAGCCCGGAUUCUUGGGCGUGCGCGGUUCUGGGUCGGUAGCUAACCCAGCUUUUCUUAUUUUUUCCCCCCUUUACUGGUAUUUUCUUGUUUUGGCAUCAGGUUGGUGGUGGUGGUGUCGGCAACUCAGCUCACCUCAGCAACCACACUGAACCAGAGAACCUCCGUUUGCCGACGGGUGCAUCGGUGCAACCGCCACCUGAACAUGUGCUGACGCCCCAGCGCACCCGAGAUGACUCCCACACUUGUGACGCUUCCGAAGCAGGAAUGAGAGGCCAGGCCAUCAUCGAGUCAUCCUCAUGCGAAUCACGAAAGUAAAACCUUGGAACCAUAUCACACAAGUAUGACAGCGUGUGUGUAUGUGUGUGAAGAAAGAAUCAAAUAUUGUUGUCGCUCAGUGGCGAAGGGUAUCUCGUACUAAAUACUAAACUAAAUUGCAAAGAGCCCACGAUCGAGUGAGGCUGAUGCUGCUGAUCCCCCGUCCAUGCUUUGGAACCCCGAUAAAAUGCGGAUGCAAAUGUGCUGUGUAUGCCAUGAUGUUUCCCCCUAAUUCUCCAGUCCCUAUCCUCCCAAGAGUCGAUCCGUUGAUCGAUCCAGUUCCAAUCAAACCCCAACAAAACAAAAAACUCCAUGCGACAAAAAUAGUUUGCGUAACCUCGGGCGGCCAUUGCAAGGGGGUAUCAACAUGAAGAAAAACAGAGACCAAAAACAAGUAACAAUAGGCGGGCAUGCACAGCAUGUGAAAUGCCGAUAAGCCUAUGCUGAGUCCCAUGAGUCCACGGAUCCAGGCUGUGGUUGCACCUGUUCCUCUCACCUGCCACACCGGCUUUCCAUUAGCCGGGUGACUCUUCCCUCGGUUGGUGGCCGACACCGCUGGACUUGUGCGAGUGUGGCUGAGACGCGCUGCUGCGGGCUCCCCCACGAUCGGCUUUGGAGGUGUCCCCCAACACGCCGGUGAGAGGUCCUCUGCGCCGUCGUAUUC